CGGCGUGUCCUGCGCCUGGGCCAUGGAGCUGGGCGCUGCGCGUCUUGCGCUCCUGAGCUGCCUGGGCCUGGUGCUGCUGCUCCGGGGCGGGGCCCGCGCGCCCGCCAGUGGCAACCAUGAGUGGAAAAAGCUGAUUUUGGUUCAGCACUGGCCCACAACAGUGUGUGAGGAGAGUAACGACUGCAGAGAGCCCCCAGACUACUGGACCAUCCACGGACUGUGGCCUGACAAAGAAGCGGAAUGUAACCGCUCGUGGCACUUCAACCUGGAUGAGGUUAAGGACCUGCUUGGUGAGAUGAAGAUGUACUGGCCCGACGUCCUGCAUGCCUCCCCCAACCGCAGCCAGUUCUGGAAGCAUGAGUGGGAGAAGCAUGGGACCUGUGCUGCACAGCUGCCGGUCCUCAACUCCCAGCGAAAGUACUUUGGGACCAGCCUGGCCCUGUACCAUCAGCUUGACCUCAACAGCAAGCUCCUGAAGCUGGGAAUCAAGCCAUCUACCAACUACUACCACCUUGCAGACUUCAGAGAUGCCCUCACCAGGGUGUACGGCGUGGUCCCCAAAAUCCAGUGCCUUCCACCAGAGCAGGACGAGAAGGUGCAGACCCUGGGCCAGAUCGAGCUGUGCUACACCAAGGAGGACCUGCGGCUGCGCAACUGCACGGAGCCCGGGGAUCCCCCGCCCACCUGGCCAAGACCCCCAAGGGCGGCUGCGCGGGGGCUCUCAGUCUGUGAAUUCGGCCCCAUCUUCUACCCCCCACCCAAAAAGGCCCUGCGUUGAUGCCCGCUGCUUGGAAACAUCUGAAGAGAAAUGCCCGCUGUGCUGCUAAGCCCUCUCCCCUCCCGCUCAUGCUGACGCGCCUUGCCAGUCCUCUUCCUUCCUGGUGGCACCCUGAGUCGGCCCAGCUGGUGGCCUGGGUGGGCCCGGCUGCAGCCUAGGAGGGGUGUUGGACGCCUCUGCUCUCCUUGCUGGGGCAGACUGCCUGGCUUCCGUAGAGACCCCUGCGGGUGUGGCUGGCAGGUUGGGCCUGCUGGACCUCCCCUCUUCCCCAGCAGGACACAGCCAGUCCGGGCUCCAUGCAGCACACCAGCCCUGUCCCAACACUUGCUGAGCCCUGAGCUGCUACUUCCUUCCGGGUGCACGGUGGCCUGGCGAGG